AUGUCUGCGCCGACCGCAUUAAAGAGGGCAGAGGACACCCCGCCUUCAAGCCAUUUCGAGACCGACAUGGUGCAAGAUAUCGAGAUUCCCGAUGGCGACGAAGAAUUUGUUUUAGAUACCGCAGAGUCUCUACCAGUAGAUGCGGACACUGUGCUCGCUCCGGUGACUGUCGAGUCUAUGGCGAUCGACGAGGAAGGACGGCCACGAUUUGCGCCAUCGCGAGACAUUGAUCCCGUCACUCGUGUCGAAACUCGAAAAAUCCCCGUCCCGCCUCACAGAAUGACGCCUCUGAAACAGUCAUGGAAUUCCAUCUACCCACCCCUUGUAGAACACCUCAAGCUACAAUGCCGCAUGAACAUCAAGCGCAAGACAGUGGAGCUGCGAACAUCCAAGCAUACGGUUGAGUCGGGCGCACUCCAGAAGGGUGAAGAUUUCGUAAAAGCAUUUACGCUUGGCUUCGACGUUGACGACGCCGUGGCGCUCCUUCGCCUGGAUGACCUUUACAUUGAGACGUUUGAGAUCAAGGAUGUCAGGACUAUGCAUGGAGACAGCCAGGCCCGUGCUAUUGGCAGAAUUGCCGGCAAGGACGGAAAGACCAAGUUUGCCAUCGAGAACGCAAGCCGGACGAGAAUCGUGCUGGCCGACUCGAAAAUUCACAUUCUGGGCGGGUUCAAAAAUAUACACAUUGCAAGGGAGUCGAUUGUCAGUCUGAUCCUGGGUAAGCCUCCCGGGAAGGUUUACGGCAACCUGCGGACGGUUGCGGCGAGGAUGAAGGAGCGGUUUUAG